GUCCCCCCCCUCUCUGAGUCCCCGCCCCACCAGCCUGAGCCAUCUUGUAUUUAGCAAGAACAAAAAAACGGUGUCAGAAAGAAGUCCGCCGUGAGGAUGCGGCGCAGCCUGUAGGACGAACCACCGACAGGAUAUCUCACACAGGGGUCGGAGGACCGGGACAAUAUGCUCGGUGGCGGGAAACCGCGCAGCAACAUCAGCCACACCCCGGAGGAAAGCUAAUGCUAGCGUUAGCUCGCAGGCUAUCGAAGCUAAGCUAGCCAAUUAGCUGAGGCUAGCGAGAGAGAGAGGCGACUGGCGGAGCUUUAAAGUUUCUGAUCCGAGCCGAUAUUCAACCUCUCUGCUCCUCUGACCCGGAGGAGGAGGACAUGGGCCGGACGUCGUGCUGAUCAUCCGCCGAGAGGAGACCCGGGCUAGCUCGCUAGCUCGGCCGCUAACGGUUGUUUUUCGUUCCCGAGCGGAACCACAAUAAUCCGCGGCCCUGGCCAUGCCCUCGAGUGCACGGGCGGGCAAUCUCAAGGACCCCGAGGUGGCAGAUCUCUUCUGUAAAGAUGAUCCGGAGAAGCUGUUCGCUGACCUCCGUGAGAUCGGUCACGGCAGCUUCGGAGCUGUUUACUUUGCCCGAGAUGUGCGCAACAAUGAGGUGGUGGCCAUUAAGAAAAUGUCCUACAGCGGCAAGCAGACAAACGAGAAAUGGCAGGACAUCAUUAAAGAGGUGAAGUUCCUGCAGAAGCUUCGCCACCCGAACACUAUCGAGUAUCGAGGAUGUUACCUGAAGGAGCACACAGCAUGGCUGGUGAUGGAGUACUGCCUCGGCUCGGCCUCCGACCUCCUCGAAGUUCACAAAAAGCCACUCCAGGAAAUCGAAAUAGCUGCUAUUACCCAUGGUGCACUGCAGGGAUUAGCAUAUCUUCACUCUCACAAUAUGAUUCACAGGGACGUGAAAGCGGGAAACAUCCUGCUGACGGAGCCCGGUCAGGUCAAACUGGGGGACUUUGGUUCUGCUUCCAUCGUGGCUCCGGCCAACUCCUUCGUGGGGACUCCCUACUGGAUGGCUCCAGAGGUGAUCUUGGCGAUGGAUGAAGGCCAGUACGACGGCAAGGUGGACGUCUGGUCGCUGGGCAUCACCUCCAUAGAGCUGGCGGAGAGGAAGCCCCCACUGUUCAACAUGAACGCUAUGAGUGCCUUAUAUCACAUCGCUCAGAAUGAAAGCCCCAUCCUUCAGUCCAAUCACUGGUCUGAUUCCUUCCGCAACUUUGUUGACUCUUGCCUACAGAAGAUUCCCCAGGACCGGCCUACCUCGGACGUGCUGCUCAACCAUCGGUUCUUGUGCCGCGAGCGUCCGCUGACGGUGAUCAUGGACCUGAUUGCACGAACCAAGGACGCAGUGCGAGAGCUGGACAACCUGCAGUACCGCAAGAUGAAGAAGAUCCUCUUCCAGGAGACACAGCAGAACGGCCCCGUGUCCGAGGGAGGGGAGGAAGAGGAGGAGGUGGAGCAGUACCUGUUGCGGACGGGUACGGUGAACAGCAUGGAGAGCUCCCAGUCGGUUCCCAGUAUGUCCAUCUCCGCCAGUUCUCAGAGCAGCUCCGUCAACAGUCUGGCCGACGCCUCCGAUGACAGCAGCAGCGAGAUGGCCAUGAUGCAGGAGGGCGAGCAUACGGUCACCUCCAACAGCUCCAUCAUCCACCGACCCACGGGUCAGGAUAACAUCUAUGAUGACCCUUACCAGCCAGAGAUGGACCAACCUCAGGCUCCCUCAGCUGGACGCCGUCGAGCUUACUAUCGCAACCGCGACCACUUCGCCACCAUCCGAACCGCCUCCUUGGUAACCCGUCAGAUCCAGGAACACGAGCAGGGCUCGGCGCUGCGGGAGCAGAUGUCCGGGUACAAGCGUAUGAGGCGGCAGCACCAGAAGCAGCUGAUGGGGCUGGAGAACAAGCUGAAGGCGGAGAUGGACGAGCACCAGCUGAAACUGGACAAAGAGCUGGAAAACCAGAGGAACAGUUUCUCCACUGAAGCCGACAAGCUGGUCAAGAAGCACCAGGCCAUCCUGGAGAAAGAGACGAAAGCAGCUCUGACAGAAGAGAAGAAGUUCCAACAGCACAUACUGGGCCAGCAGAAGAAGGAACUGACCAGUUUAUUGGACUCACAGAAACGCCAGUAUCGCCAGCGCAAGGAUCAGCUGAAAGAGGAGCUGAGUGAGAACCAGUCGACUCCGAAGCGGGAGAAGCAGGAGUGGUUGAUCCGUCAGAAGGAGUGUCUGCAGCAGAUGCAGGCGGAGGAGGAGGCCAGCCUGCUCCGGAGGCAGAGGCAGUACUACGAGCUGCAGUGUCGCCAGUACAAGAGGAAGAUGCUGCUGGCUCGCCACAACCUGGAGCAGGACCUGCUCAGAGAGGACCUGAACAAGAAGCAGACCCAGAAGGAUCUGGAGUGCGCCAUGCUGCUGCGGCACCAUGAGUCCACGCAGGAGCUGGAGUUCAGGCAGCUGAGCUCCGUGCAGCGAACCCGGGCUGAUCUGAUCCGAACGCAACACCAGACCGAACUGACCAACCAGAUGGAGUACAACAAGCGCCGCGAACAAGAGCUCCGACAGAAACACACCAUGGAGGUCCGGCAGCAGCCCAAGAGCCUGAAGUCCAAAGAGCUGCAGAUCAAACGUCAGUUCCAGGAGACCUGUAAGAUCCAGACCCGCCAGUACAAAGCCCUGAGGAACCACCUGCUGGAGAGCACUCCCAAAUCCGACCACAAGGCCGUCCUCAAACGCCUCAAAGAGGAGCAAACACGUAAGCUGGCCAUCCUGGCCGAGCAGUACGACCACUCCAUCAACGACAUGCUGUCCACACAGGCUGUGAGUAAGCUGCGGCUGGAUGAGACCCAGGAGGCCGAGUACCAGGUGCUGCGGAUGCAGCUGCAACAGGAGCUGGAGCUCCUGAACGCCUACCAGAGCAAGAUCAAGAUCCACACCGACACUCAGCACGAGCGAGAGGUGAAGGACCUGGAGCAGAGGGUGUCCAUCCGCCGGGCGCUGCUGGAGCAACGGAUCGAGGAGGAGAUGCUCUCUCUGCAGAACGAACGCUCAGAGCGGAUCCGGACUCUGCUCGAGCGCCAGGCUCACGAGAUCGAGGCCUUCGACUCGGAGAGCAUGCGUCUGGGCUUCAGCAACAUGGCGCUGACCGGCAUCCCGGCCGAGGCCUUCAACCAGGGCUACCCGACCCCCAGCCCCUCCUCGGGCUCCAGCGGCUGGCCCUCCCGGCCCGUCCCGCGCUCGGGCAGCCACUGGAGCCACAGCGUCCAGAACUCGGUGGCGACUCCGUCCUGGCGCAGUCAGAACCACGGAGGAGGGGGAGCAGGAGGCUUCAGCCGCGCAGAGUCCAUCACCUCCUCCCACGGCCUCGGCAGGGACAGCGAGCUGCACAAGAGCAGCAGGGGCCACUCCUCCUCCUCCUCCUCCCACCAUCAUCACCAGCAGCAGCACUACCUCCCCCAGCACUACCAACACCACCAGAGUACGCCGCAGCUGUACCGCGACAACCUUGAGCGCGACAGCAGGGAGCGCGAGCGGCCCAGGGAGUGGGUGGGAGGCGGAGGAGUGGGCCACUACCCCCAUCACUCCCAGGGCCACCACCACCAUCACCACCACCACCACCUCUCCACCCACGCCUCCUCCCAGUCCCUGGCUCUCCUGCCUCCCCCACCGCCGCCUCCACCCAUCUCCCUCUCCUCCUCCUCCCCUCCUUCCUCCGCCUCUUCUUCCUCAUCGUCACAGGGGGGCUACGGAGGCGGGGGCCACGGAAGUGGGGGCCACGGAAGUGGGGGCCACGGAGGCGGGGGCCACGGAAGCGGGGGCCACGGAGGCGGGGGCCACGGGAGCGGGGGCCACGGAGGCGGGGGCCACGGAGGCGGGGGCCUGAGUGUCCGGGGCCCCAGUCUCAUGGCGCUCAGGAACAGCCCCCAGCCCCUGAGGAGGACGGCGUCCGGGGGGCCGGGCGGCGGGAGCGACGGGGGGCUCAGCCGGAGCACGUCGGUCACUUCUCACAUUUCUAACGGCUCUCACCUCUCGUACUCGUGAGUCCUCCUCUCUGCGAGCGACAGUCUGCUUCUGUACAGAAAACAACAAACCAACAAACAAACAAACAAACAGGGCUACAGAGAACACAAUAGAACCAUUAGAGAGAGAGAGAGAGAGGGAGGAGGGUUUUUAUUUUUCGAGGCUUUAAAGAGCCAGAAGAAAGUAAAUAGAUCGUUUAAAAAAAGAACCCGGUUUUAAAAGUGUAAAUUUAAAGAUCUCCUUUCUUUCUGUGUUCGGGGACUCGAAUCGGUUCCUGGCGCACGAGGAAAGAAAGAGAGGAAACGUUUUUAAUGGAGCAGAAACACACGAGUAUUAAAGAUCACUGUUAACCUCUUCCACACUUUAAAGAGUUGCACAGGAACGGCGACGAAACAAAAACAAUCACAAAAAAAAGAAGAAAAAACGUCGGAGAGCGAAAUGAAAACGAGCCGCGAGUUACGAAGUCGAAACUUCUUGUUCAUUUUGUAACGCGCUGAAUCCAUUGCACAGUAUUGACUUUGUGGCGAGACGGUUUAACCUGCAGGAGUUUCCUGUUGGACCAGUUUGAGAUUCAGGUUUGAGCCGAGACCUUCAGGUUGUUCAGGUUGAAAGUUGAGCCGACGAGUUUUUAGUUUUCUUAUUUUUCUUUUUGCUUUUAGUUUUUUCAGUUUGUAUCGAACUGAGCGACAGUUGUGGAGCUUCCACUUGGCGGUGCUUUAAAAACCACUGUAACUAUGUAAAUAACGGUAAAUUGUAAACCCAGUUUUUUUGAUUUGUAAGUGUUUCAUACGUUCAGCGGGGGGGCGGCGCCAGCGGCGGCCGGCCGGGCGGGCGGGGGGGGGGGGGCGACCAAGGGAAGAUUUCUUGAAAACACUUUUUCUUUUUAUUUGUAGUGCUAAAAUUCUGUAAAUGACAAUUAAACAAACACUGCCAUUUGUUUGUUGGGCUGAUCCGAGACAACUCUACCACUGCCCUUUAAGUCUUCUGGAAGGAACAGUCGGACAUUUUGAUCAGGAGAUUAUUGAUUGUUUGAUUAUAUGAUUGAUCUACCGGGUGUUCACAACAGUUCAUGGAGCUUCAGCAGGAGGAAAACGACCUCUAGUGAAUUAAAAACAGUUUACACGCUGCGUCUGUGCAGGAAUAAAGAGAAGUUAACGCCUCACUGGAAGUUUUUACUUUGUGGAAACUUAUAAAUAAUCUGCAGUUUUGAUUAGUUGUAAUUAAUUUAUGACAGAAACAUUAAAAUCUUUCCCUGGAAAACCUGGAUACUUAGAGACUUGUUUUCCAGUCAUGAAAACACCUGAAAACUGAGUUAAACUUACUGAAAUGUUCUGGAAAUAAUUGAUGUUGUCCUGGAAAAUUUCAGUUGUAUUUUAGCCGCUCGCUCAGAUCGCCGACGUGAAUCUGGGUUGAACUGAACCGCAGUGAAAUCACCGGAGACGCAGCAGAAAAAUGGUCAGAAAGCGAACGUCAGCGUCCCAUUAAUGCCGACUACCUACCUGCUACAAACCCGGGUCACUUCAUCGUGAACCUCUGAGGUUAAGUGUGUCUAUAAAAGCAACCAGUAAAUUACAGGACAGAAUCGUUAAAAAGUGGGAACCCUGAACGUGUAUGUCGGCCAAAUUUAUCAAAGUAUUUCCCUCCUGCUUCCUGUUCUGAACCCUUAAAUCAGUCACCGAUGUAUGGAAGCUCAUUGCUGCCAAUGUGACGGGAGAAAACGAGAUUCUGUAAGUCGGCAAUGAGCUUCCGUACGUCUGUGGAUCGUCUGCAGUUAAAACAACGAACCGAAAUGUCGGAGUGUUCCUUUAAAGGGACGCUGCCAGAGAGUAUUUUUGAGUGAGCCGAGCACUAAAAACCUGCGUGCGAUGUUUGCUGAAAGUGUGUGUGUGCAGCUUACCUACACCUCCACCUGCCCCCCCCCACCCACAAACACACACACACACACACACACACACACACACACACACACACACACACACACACACACACACACACACACACACAGUUAGGUCUGCAUCUGUAGAUAAAAGAUGUACAUGUUACAUUACAAAUUAGUACAAUUCAGUGCAUGGAACUUGUGUACAGACGGCAUUUGUAUGGAUCCCCAUGCACACUACCUAUUUAUAUAAAUGCAUAUAAAUGUUACCUGUAAAUGUAGCAGGUAUACUGAAGAUUGUUCACUGUCCAAACACUUUUGACUUGCAUUGUACUUCCCAGUGUACAUAAAAGCACUAACUUUGAGACUGUGUUAGAGUGAUAAUAAUAAUGAUUAUUUUGUCACGUGAGUUAUACCAAUUUGUACUAGAUGCAGACAGAUAGAUGCUAUCAUUAUUAUUACCUCUACUGCAGUUGGAAUAUUUAUGUUGUAUGCUAAUUUUUAAAACAUGUAAUUGCCAAUUUUGACCACUAGGUGGGGAAUAAGCGCAAUGUUACUGUGAUAGAGCUAUAAAAACAGAAAACACAGAAAAAAAAAUUAUGUUUUUAAGGAGGACAUAAAAGGACUACCUUUCCCAGCAUUCCUGUCGAGGUCUCAGGGAAGGAGUCUACAGUUCUGGGCAGGGCUGCGUUCUACUUUUUAUUUUUUUUUUUAAUUUUUAUUUUGAGCCAGUAUUAAAAAGUGGAGCGUCCGCUGACAGUCGACGUAUUUUCAGAUUCUUUCACUACGUUUUGGUGCCAUUUUUUUUGUUUUUUAUGUUUCGAACUUCCCCCAAAAAAUCUCUGUAACCUGCAGAAAUACGGAGCCCCAAAGUGGUCAAUAUUAAAUCAUUUUAAAAAAAGACUUUAAGGAAUAAAUACUCAAAUGAAUAAAUGGUGUAAAAUCUAUAAAUGAUCAAACAAUCGGUGAAAUAUUCCAAGAAAAUUGUUAAAUUUCAACAUUAUGAAACGUUACUGGAUUUCAUGUUUUUUUUUUUAUUCAUGUUUAUCUCAUUUACAGUGAAAUAAACAUCUUUUUAUAUGAAAUUUUAAAAUUAGAAAACAUUUUAGAACAGCGAGUUCAUUUCUCAACUUAUUUCACGGAUGUUUUUCGUUAUUUUAACGUAUUCGUGCGACUUCCUGUUCUUACUGGAUGUUGAACACUUUGGGGCUCUUACAGCAGAACUCCACUCUCUCUCUUUUAUUCCCAAUUAAACACCUCAUCAUUUUAUUUUGCACAGUCCGAAUGGGUAGAAAUAAAUCACGCAGUCGGCGGCGGCGGCGCCUCGCAGUCCCCUCCAACCCUCCGUCUGCCGGGCGCCGACCUCCGUGUGAUCUGAUGCUGUCUGUCAUGUCUACCUCAUUUGCACUGAUAGUAAAAGAAUGUUUUGGUGGGAGGAAACAAACAAACAGCAUAUUUUCCUGUAUGCAGACUUUGGCUAUAGUUAUUUUUUCCCGUAUUUGUGCAAAUGUUGAGAAGCUGAACGAGCGCCGGAGGUCAGAAACGUCGGAGCGGAAGCUGGAAACUCUUCUUUUGUGUGUUUUUUUUUUUUUUUUUUUUAAAUUUCCCCUCCGCUGACUCAUCUUUACAGGACAAUGCUGGACUUGAAUCCCUCGUGGAGACACUAAAGACGUUCUGCUGGGUGUUGGGUGGGAAUCUGCUGGCCGCGGGUGGAUGAACUCUCCUCCAUCCUCCUCAAGAAAAAAAAAAACGUUUGAACCGUGAGAUUUCAUUUUGCCAACUUUUAGUUUUUGUUUUUAAAUGCGUUGUUUUGUUAUUCGUCGUCGGUGCCGAAACCAUUCCUGUGUUUAUUUCUGCCAAUGGAAGCUGCACUGGGGACGA